GGUUUUGACCCACCCCAUCAAAGUGACACAAGAACUAUUUACAUAGCCAACAGGUUUCCUCAGAAUGGCCUUUACACACCUCAGAAAUUUAUAGAUAACCGGAUAAUUUCAUCUAAGUAUACUGUGUGGAAUUUUGUUCCAAAAAAUUUAUUUGAACAAUUCAGAAGAGUGGCAAACUUUUAUUUUCUUAUUAUAUUUUUGGUUCAGCUUAUGAUUGAUACACCUACCAGUCCAAUUACCAGUGGACUUCCAUUAUUCUUUGUGAUAACAGUAACCGCCAUAAAGCAGGGAUAUGAAGAUUGGUUACGCCAUAACUCAGAUAAUGAAGUAAAUGGAGCUCCUGUUUAUGUUGUUCGAAGUGGUGGCCUUGUAAAAACCAGAUCAAAAAACAUUCGGGUGGGGGAUAUUGUUCGAGUAGCCAAAGAUGAAAUCUUCCCUGCAGACUUGGUGCUUCUCUCCUCAGAUCGACUUGAUGGUUCAUGUCACGUUACCACUGCCAGUUUGGAUGGAGAAACAAACCUAAAGACACAUGUGGCCGUUCCAGAAACAGCAGUAUUACAAACAGUUGCCAAUUUGGACAGUCUUGUAGCUGUAAUAGAAUGCCAGCAGCCUGAAGCAGAUUUGUACAGAUUCAUGGGGCGAAUGAUAAUAACUCAGCAAAUGGAAGAAAUUGUAAGGCCUCUGGGCCCAGAGAGUCUUUUACUUCGUGGAGCCAGAUUAAAAAACACCAAAGAAAUUUUUGGUGUUGCUGUGUACACUGGAAUGGAAACUAAGAUGGCAUUAAAUUACAAGAGCAAGUCACAGAAAAGAUCUGCUGUGGAAAAAUCAAUGAACACAUUUUUGAUAAUUUAUCUAAUAAUACUUAUUUCUGAAGCCAUCAUCAGUACUAUCUUGAAAUAUACAUGGCAAGCUGAAGAAAAAUGGGAUGAACCUUGGUAUAACCAAAAGACAGAACAUCAGAGAAAUAGUAGUAAGAUUCUGAGAUUUAUUUCUGAUUUCCUUGCUUUUCUGGUACUCUACAAUUUCAUCAUUCCAAUUUCAUUAUAUGUAACAGUAGAAAUGCAGAAAUUUCUUGGAUCAUUUUUUAUUGGCUGGGAUCUUGAUCUCUAUCAUGAGGAAUCAGAUCAGAAAGCUCAAGUCAAUACUUCAGACCUGAAUGAAGAACUUGGGCAGGUGGACUAUGUGUUCACAGAUAAAACUGGAACACUGACAGAGAAUGAGAUGCAGUUCCGGGAAUGUUCAGUUAAUGGCAUAAAGUACCAAGAAAUCAAUGGGAGACUUGUACCUGAAGGACCAACACCUGACUCUUCAGAAGGAAACUUACCUUAUCUUAGUGGUUUUUCCCACCUUAGCAACUUAGCCCAUCUUACAGGCAGUUCCUCUUUUAGAACCAGCCCUGAAAAUGAAACCGAACUAAUUAAAGGACAUGAUCUCUUCUUCAAAGCAGUUAGUCUCUGCCACACUGUGCAGAUCAGCCAUGUUCAAAGCGACGGCAUCGGUGACGGUCCCUGGCAGGCCAGCCUGGCAUCCCCCCAGCUGGAGUACUACGCAUCCUCCCCAGACGAGAAGGCUCUGGUAGAAGCUGCCGCAAGAAUUGGCAUUGUAUUUAUUGGCAGUUCUGAAGAAAUUAUGGAAAUUAAAAUACUUGGAAAACUGGAACGGUACAAACUGCUUCAUGUUCUGGAAUUUGAUUCAGAUCGUCGGAGAAUGAGUGUAAUUGUUCAAGCAUGUUCAGGUGAGAAGCUCUUAUUUGCUAAAGGAGCGGAAUCAUCAAUUCUCCCUAAAUGCAUAGGUGGAGAAAUAGAGAAAACCAGAAUUCAUGUAGAUGAAUUUGCUUUGAAAGGGUUAAGAACUCUGUGUGUAGCUUAUAGACAGUUUACACCUAAAGAGUACGAAGAAAUAGACAGACGCCUUUUUGAAGCCAGGACUGCCUUGCAGCAGCGGGAAGAAAAACUGGCUGAAGUCUUCCAGUUCAUAGAGAGGGACCUGGUACUACUUGGGGCCACAGCAGUAGAAGACAGACUACAAGAUAAAGUUCGAGAAACGAUUGAAGCACUGAGAAUGGCUGGUAUCAAAGUAUGGGUCCUUACUGGCGAUAAACACGAAACCGCUGUUAGUGUGAGUUUAUCGUGUGGACAUUUUCAUAGGACGAUGAACAUCCUUGAACUUAUUAAUCAGAAGUCAGACAACGAAUGUGCUGAGCAGUUGAGGCAGCUUGCCAGAAGAAUUAAAGAGGAUCAUGUGAUUCAGCAUGGGUUGGUAGUGGAUGGGACCAGCCUGUCUCUUGCACUCAGGGAGCAUGAAAGGCUAUUUAUGGAAGUUUGCAGAAAUUGUUCAGCUGUAUUAUGCUGUCGUAUGGCACCGUUGCAGAAAGCAAAAGUAAUUAGACUGAUAAAAAUCUCACCAGAGAGACCUAUAACGUUGGCUGUUGGCGAUGGUGCUAAUGACGUAAGCAUGAUACAAGAAGCACAUGUUGGCAUAGGAAUCAUGGGUAAAGAAGGCAGGCAGGCUGCAAGAAACAGUGACUAUGCAAUAGCUAGAUUUAAAUUCCUCUCCAAACUCCUUUUUGUUCAUGGUCAUUUUUAUUAUAUCAGAAUAGCUACCCUUGUACAGUAUUUUUUUUAUAAGAAUGUGUGCUUUAUCACACCCCAGUUUUUAUAUCAGUUCUACUGUUUGUUUUCUCAACAAACUCUGUAUGACAGCAUGUACCUGACUUUGUACAAUAUUUGUUUUACUUCCCUACCUGUUCUGAUAUAUAGUCUUUUGGAACAGCAUGUAGACCCUCAUGUAUUACAGAACAAGCCUACUCUCUAUCGGGAUAUUAGUAAGAAUCGUCUCUUAAGCAUUAAAACAUUUCUUUAUUGGACUAUCCUGGGUUUCAGUCAUGCCUUUAUUUUCUUUUUUGGAUCCUAUUUUCUGAUGGGGAAGGAUAUAUCUCUGCUUGGAAAUGGCCAGAUGUUUGGAAACUGGACAUUUGGUACUUUGGUCUUCACAGUCAUGGUUAUUACAGUUACAGUAAAGAUGGCUUUGGAAACUCAUUUUUGGACUUGGAUCAACCAUCUUGUUACCUGGGGAUCUAUUAUAUUUUAUUUUAUAUUUUCUUUGUUUUAUAGUGGAAUUCUCUGGCCAUUUUUGAGCUCCCAGAAUAUGUACUUUGUAUUUAUUCAGCUCCUAUCAAGUGGUUCUGCUUGGUUUGCCAUCAUCCUUAUGGUUGUAACUUGUCUGUUUCUUGAUGUUGUGAAGAAGGUAUUUGACCGACAGCUCCAUCCUACAAGUACUGAAAAGGCACAGAUGUACUCCAACACAGUCGCUUUCAGUGACGAGUUCAUCGCACUGCAGCCUUUGUCCAGGGCAAGGGAUCAGCUGAGCAGACUUAGCUUACUGAAACAAAUGCAAGUGUCAAGUGCUUGGACUCCAUGUGCUGCUUCCCAGGAGAAGCAGCGAGCGCGUCUGUUAGAAGAAUGCUGGAGCGAGCGCUAGGAAGGUGCGGCCCCGCUCACCUCAGCAGGUGUGACAUUUCUCUAAGUAGCCUUUGCUGCAGAUGAGUGUCCUGAACCCGGAGCAGGACGGACCUGCAGCUCUAGAUGCCCAGUAAAUCAGCAGCCGGUUUUACCAAACUGAAGCGGGAAGUCUCCUGUCUGCUAGCACUCUGGUGGUAGAUCUCAGUGUGGGGCUUUGCGGGGGGCUCUUUUACUCACAGAGGAAGAAAAGGCACCUUUGAAGAGACUGCAUCCGAUGAACAGAGUCCUGUUGACAAUCAUUCUGAAUGUGGUGAAUAGGAGUAUGUAUGUGGUACUUUUUCUUGGUCGGUUGAACUUUCUUUUUUAAAUUAUACUACUGUUUCAUUUUCCGCUGGUAUUUCCCCCUGCUUUUUGUCUUUACAAAGCAAUCUUCAUGUACAGGAAAGUCAGAAGUCCUUGCUUUCUCUAUUCUUCGUGUAUAUUUUCUUACCAGUCAUUCGGGGUUCUACACAAAAAGCUGCAUUUCUGUGUCCUGCCCCUUUUUAAUGUCUGUAAUUGUUUUGGAAUGAGUUAAGAUUUUUAAGUUUCUUUUACUUGGCAUUUAUUGAUUAACUAAAUUAUAGAUCAGAAGAAUCUUAGCAUUUUUGUCUCCUCCCAAAUACAUUUCUUCAUUGAAACUUAUCACAGCUUCCUUUUAUGAACCGUAACCAAAAAAAAGACAAUUUUUGGUAAAUGCCAUUUAAAAAUCACUUAAAGGUAAAUGGAUUCAUUUCUUCAUAUGGUUGCCCGAGGUGUAUGUCAUUAUUGAGGGGACACUGCAAAGUAAGUAAACACUUUGCAUUUGGUGUUGGUUAGGCGAAUGAUAUCAUAUUCACAAAACAGAAGCCGUGUUUCCCUGGGGUACGUGGAGGGUUACAGUGGGCGCGGGCUGAUGUAGAUGACCAUUUUCCCGGACCGGUGCCACAUUCCGUGCACCACUUUCUGUGCGUACCACUGCUUACAAAGCUUCAUUCCUUGAGGCACGGAACACGGAAUUUAAUCUAUUGAUAAAAAAAUUGUUUUAAUGUUUGGUUACCUUUGUGUUUUAAAAAAAGGAUGAGUAUGAUAUCAUUUGUGUAUUAAAAUGUGGGUAACUUUUAUUGGUGAACUCUUGGGCCUCACUUUACUUUUGGCCAUGUCUUUAUGGUACAGUUAAGUUGAUAAAUAGCAUUUUUAUGUUAACAUAAUACCUAUGGUUUCAAUCCCCACUUAUUCUGACUUGAUUAUAACAUGUGAUUCAAAAUAGUUCCAUAAUACUGUGAUACCAUUUUGGAGUAAGUUCAUCCCACAUCAAAGGAUUACUGUGCAUGGUUAAAUUUAAUGAGAUUUUGUUAUGUCUUACACAGUUGUAUUAUAAAAUGCACUAUAAAAAAGUAGCUCUUUCAUGUACCUAGGCUAGUGAGUUUCCCGUCCCUGGGCUCGUGAUGUUCCAGAAGGAUCUGACACACCGUGUUGUUUUAGAUAACACGGCUUCCCCACACAGUCCAGAAUGGGAAACAGACUAAGAUACUAUGAUAAGAACUACAGAAUUUUAAAAAUUUCUAGUUCAACAUCAAUUCCUCUUCAAUAACAGUGUAUAUCUUUGCUAAUGAUUUAUUUAAAACCUAGAUUAAUUUUAAAACAGCCAGGGUGUUUUCGCUUUGUGCGUGCUCCCAGCUCUUUGCUAUAAACCACAAGCCUCCGUGCCCCAUCACCUCGCAGCGGCUCUCGUUCUGUGGCCGCCCUUGCGAGCCGGCCUGGGCGCUGUUGGCGGCUCUGGAAAACUCCCUUGAGGGGCUCUUGCCAUCUCUACUUCUCUUCUCUCGUGUGCCAUACUCUUUCUAAGAUGUUUUUCUGAUAAAAUGUUUAACUUAGUAAUUAAGUAACGUAUCUGGCAGAUUAUAAAUGCCUUUGCAGUGUUGUCCAGCAUUACAGGUUACAGUAUUAAUGACUUUCGUCAUUUUUCUCCUUUUUCUGUAGAUGAUUCUAAAGUCUUUUGAGAUCAGUUACUGUUAAAAGUUUCCUAGGGGAUAAAAUCGUACAGUACACAGGGCUACUUGGUGCUUUUCAAAGGGCUAUGUGAACAUGUAGUUAGUCGUUCUGGCGUGUAGUCUUGCUUCUGUGUCCUGCAGAAGAGUGUACUUGUGCAGUGUGUUUGGGGUUUGCGUGUUGGUUUUCAAGCAGCCUGUGUCCUGCAUUUCUGUUUCGUGUCGAAUUGGAGGACGGGACAGAUCUGAGACUCCGUGACACGGUGCAGAAGCCCUUGGCUGCUUGUUCUUUUGACAUACAGAAGUAAUGGGCAUCAUUGGAGAAAUACAACAGGGAUUUUAUAUGACAGAUUUCUCUACUGCUUAAAUUCUUAUCUAGACAAAAAAGUUUUACUUACAUUUUAGUAUUUGAUGUUUUCAAAGGAAUAUGCCAUAUUGAAAGCUCAGCUUCCAGGGGAGCAGCACGGUGCUAUAUAAGGAUAUGCCAUGCUGUACCCUAAAGAGCUGUACUGCAGCAGUGAAGAUUUUCUAUACAUAUUGUACUAAUAGUACAGUAUUCUAAUCAAAAUGACCUUUGACAUAGGACAGAAGGAAGGAGUUAAUAUACAAGUUCAGGUGUUUAAUGUCUGUCAAAAAUGAUAACAACAUUGAGUGCACGUGUGUUCUUUGAAAAGAUGAGACAUAAAGGAAAACGGAAUGAGUUUUCUUCAGCUGGGGAGGUAGCUCAGUAGUGGAGCACUUGUCUCACAUACAUGAGGUGCUGGGUUCAGUCCCCAGUAGCAUCAAAAAAAAGCUUUCUUCAGUGUAAGGAAUGGGUGGAAAAGGGAAAAACUAAUAUAAAAUACUAGCAAUUUAGACUUUGGCUCCAGAUAGGGUGUUUGCAAUUAAGUUAUAGUUAAAAACAUAGUCCCCCCCCCAAUACUUACAGUGUACAAAUUCUCCAUAUUCUUAUUUUAGUCAUUUAUUCUACAAAUGCUGGGUGCCUGAUGCACGCAGGACACAGUUGCAGGUGCUGGAGCGGCAGAAGGGAACAGGCGCGCUGUCCCUGUCCAGGCUGUUCCGGAAGCCAGGGCAGGUAGAGAGCUGUGCAGGCGCUGGGGCUCGCCCGGCUCUGUGGUGUUCCUCAUCGCAGACUUGGCCAUGGCUGCGCCCUGCGCUGCGUCCAACCUGAAUUGCCCCAGACACCGAGGGUCUGUAGAAAACAAGACAUUUGGUGAAGAGCCCGUGCGGCCUUCUGAACGCCAGCUCUCUCUGACACCUCUUCAGAGCGUGUGUCCUCCCUUAACGUGAAACACGCUUAUCACUGAGUGCUGUUAAUUGCAUAAGAAAAGCCACCUUUUCCUUGAUCUGACGCUGUCCUUGAGCUAGUCUGUUUUAAGCAUGGCAAGCUACUUUUGGUCAUGUGCUAUUUUAGUUUAAAUUAGUUGAAGCCAAUUUAAAUUUACAGCUGCAAAUAAAGUACUACCUGUUGGAUUGCUUAAGGCCUUUUCGCUCAGAUAGUAGUUUACUUUUCCAAACCAGUCAAGGAUCAUUUUUCCUUAGUUCAGUAAAAGUGCCAGUGCCCUGCAAGUGUCUGUGUUAUCUUUGAGUAAACCAUUUACUUCAUUCAAGCUGAUUAGGCUAAAAUAUCUAGUGCAGAAUUUGUAGCUGCAGUAUGUGACCAGUAAUGUGAACAUGCUAUUUCAUUCCAAGGCUUUUGGUAAGUGGGAAUUUUGGUUUAUUUGCUUUUUUUUUUUCCCUGUAAUGCCAACAUAUAGCCUAGUUGCUUUUCAGUAAAACUGUAUGUGUGUACAUCUUUAAAACAUACUUCUUUGUGGAUCAUUAAGAUUUUAAAAGCAGCUCAUAUUUAACUACCUACAGAUGAUGUUUUAAUGCUAAAAAGAAUGCCUGAAUUUUGGCAAAUAUUUUUAUAUGAUAACUAGAGCAUAAUCUUCCGAAGUUUUUGUAAACUGUAAAUAGACUGGGCAUUCAGUGCUGGUGUGAAGAACUUCUCUUUAGCAUUUCAAAAUGAAUCCGUAAUUAUUUUAAAACUCAUUGUAUUUCAGUACUAAGUUUUAAGACUCGGUUUUUUUCUCAAUUAAAACAUAGGCCCUGGUGAGCCAAACUUUUCUCUUAUUGUUACUCUAGAUCAUGGAGUGCCUCGGAUCCUUUCUGUACCAACGACAGGAGCGUCUUGACUCUCUCCACAAUGGACUCAUCUACUUGCUAACGGGGCAGUAGUGCUUGUAGAGCUAUUUCACCUCCUUUGCUCAGAUUCAGGGCUGAUGGUCCUAUAAAUGGCCGCUCUAGCUCUGAAGUCACUCUCUGAAAUCUCUGGAGUAGUUCGACCCACUCCCAUUUUGUUUGACAAACAAACAGAAACGUUAAUAUGAACCCUUCUCCUCUCCCCUUAAUUUGAGUGUGAACAUGCCGGAAUUCGUGACUAACGAGACAGCAUGGUUCUUUCUGUCUGGGUUGUCCCUGUGCAUACGGGACUCAUAACAGCAUUUCGGCGUGUUGCUGAGGCCGCUGUAUUUUAAUGUCAAGAUAGAAAGAGAUGACUCCUGCUUAUGUGUAUUUUUUAGGAUCGGAUUGGUUAUUGACUUAUAUUUAAAUUUGCUUCUGUAAAUUAUGCUGAGAGUUUGUCUUGAGAACUCUAUUUUUUUAUUAGAGUUAUAUUUAAAGCUUUUCGUGGGGAAAAUUAAUGUGAAUAUAAGGAAUUUUGGUACCUCAGCGACUUGUGUUGUUAAUUGAUGAGUGCGUUUUCAGUUCACGGAGCAAACUAGGAGAACACAUUUCCCCCCGUUACCAACUGCAGCGCCAGGUUUCUCCAGACGCGCUGUGGCCAGCCAGGAAGCCGUGUGCGUGAGGGUGUAUCACAGGUGGGCAUCAGAAACCAGGGCCCGUCACCAAAUUUCAAAGUGAUGUUUACUAUUUUUUGCCCUAGUAUAAAAAGCCUACACUGGGUAGAUUAGAUAGCAUAUUAUUAAUUAAAUGUCUUUAUCAUUGGCUCUUUGGCAUGCUUUAACCCGGCUAAUACAAAUUUGGGUUUUCUCUCUUCCAAAGGCUCUGUUUAUAAUAGUAUUUUAUGACACUGUUAUAAAAUUGAGCUAUAUCAAUAAAAAACCAGUUUGGACAGUAUUUAUAUAUUGCAAAUAGUUUUAAUUAUAGAAGUUAAAAUGGUUAAUUGGAUCCAUAAUCGGAGGGGAGCACCUCUUUGUGACCAACUUAGAAUUACUGCUGCCCUUCUGUCAGCUAAAUUUUAGGGUAAAGGGCUUCUGUGAAGAAUCUUAUUUUUCAGUUAGCAUAUGUUACCUAAAUUACUGCAGACUACCGCAGUAAGGUAAAUUCUGCCCCGCGUCCCAUCACAAGGUAUGUGGUCAGGUGUGACUGUGAAAUGUAAAUGAAACAGAGUCUAAAGUUUUAACAGCAAUAAAUUAAAAUGCGAAGAGUGACGAAUCAGGAACAUGUCAGUGUAGUUAACUGCUUGCAUCUCAAAACUUAAUUUCCAUCUUGAAUUUGGGUUGUCGUUUGUUUUAAGACCUGGAAGUGAUCAUUAGUUUAAGAAUGUUCAUCUACUCAGCACAUAAGGAUCAUACACUAUAAAAAUUGUAAGAGAACAGUUAAAUGAAGUUUGGCCCCAUUGUCUCUUCGGGAUGUGACUCCUUUCUGGAGAGCCGUUGUCCAGCUCUUCAUUGCCUUCCCACCUCGUGAGCAUAACUUUGAGACUUGGGCUGGUAGGGCGGGACCUAAGACCUUGCCUGUGUUGUUUGCUUGCUUGUAUGCCAUUUGUCUUUGAGUAAUGCACAUGCUGCAUUAUCUGUUCAGGCUAAAUAUUAAUUUUCACAAACAGCUGUUCUUGGAUAUUCCAGAGUUAGGUUUAGGAAGAUCCUUUAUUCAGGAAAUACAUUAGAGGGAUAGAUAGUACAAUAUACAAUACGUACACUCACUGACACGUGUUCCAGAGGGGAAUUAGCGCAGAAAUAGUCAGUAGAACAGUUUAGUAGAGGAGAAUAUGGGAUUUGCUUUCUCUUAGUGUCUUCUGAAGUGAACGUGUACAAGGUGACAGCCAGGCAUGUAGCCCACACCUGAACCCCCAGCACUCAGGAGGCAAAAGCUGGACAGUCAUAAGUUUGAAGCCAGCCUGGACCCCGUAGUAAGACUUCAUCUUUAAAAAACGCUGGAAAUGCCGUCCAGUGGGCCUGCAUCACACCUGCCUUAACAGUGUUCCUGUGCCAUCAGGUGAGCCGGCCACCACACCAGAGUCAGCAAGUGGCCUGGGCCAGCUGCAGCAGGAGCCCGCAGGCCUCACAGGCGCAGCGAUGUGACGGUCGGAACUCCCCCCCUACCGCUGCAGCUAGACAGGGGAGCUUCUCCCCUGGUGUAGGGCCUCAAGUCCGGGCCUUGCACGUACCGAGCAGGCACUCAACUCCUGAGCUACGUCCCCAGCCCUGUUUAUUUAAAAGAAGUUUUUUUAAACAGACAGGUGAGGCUGUGAGUCAGUGGGGGGGGCUUGCAGAGUGCGCGAGGCCCCGCGCUCAGUCCCCAGCGCCGAAAUCGGUCACUGACGCGCUCCAGGCCCCUCCUGCUUUACUGCUCAAAACUUCACUGUCUUGUCCUUUUAGGAGAAGGAUUUUCUUUUACUCACGAAAGGAACACUGCAGUUUACAAACCUUCCAUAGUUUUCUAGUACUCAUAUCCAUGUUACAAAACUUUACUCCAUGAUCAGUAGUCACAGAAAAGUUCUCUUUUUUGCAUUAUUUCUUUCAAAUUCUUUGGAGAGUACAUGCUGGUAACCAACUUCUAUCUGCCAGAACCAGAGUAAGGCGCUCCGGGUGUCACUGCCAGAUACGCAGUGCUCUCGCAUCUGUGAGCCCCACUCGCUUGCCUUCGCCAGUGGGAGGGCUGGGGCACUGCGAGAUAAGAACCCCAAGUUUGUGUCCGCAGCUGCCCGUGCCCUGCUGCAGGCAGGUGACUCAGCAUCCUGCUCAGCUCCGGCCGCGUGGGCCCGUCUGGGAGGAGAGCUGCUCCGCCAGGCUUUGCUUGCGGCUGAGGGGGAAUUCGGGGCCUGAGGUUCUUAACUGCGCCCCGCGGCUCGGACAGCUGUGGUGUCCGCCCGACCCUCGCUGUCUGAGUAGCAAAUGAGAACGGGCAGCCCCCCAGGGAACGGUGUGCUCUCAGCCCUGUUAGUUCCAACACUGAGCUCACUUCCACUGCAGAAGGGGUGGAAUUGAACUUGUCUGGUGAGCUUGAGACCCCGGCAGGCAGCAGUAAAGGCCACUAAAACCUAGCGAGGAGCAGAAGUUGUUACAGUUCAUACUGUGAACAUCCAGGGGCUGAGGGAAAGGAGGAAUCUUUCGUGUUUGUGGUUUCCCUGUAAAAGCCAAUCAUUACAGGGAAUUUUUUCAAAGGCAGGUACCGAUAAGACUAAUGAACCAAAGAGUUUUAUGUAGAACAUGUUUAUUAAUUUUAGUCCCCCUUUAUGGACAUUUUUAUUUCUAUCUUAAAAUGAGUCAUCUAUUUUCAUAAAAAUAAAGCAUUAAAAUGCUGUUUGAUAUGUAAGAUAACCUGAAUGAUACUCCUAUAAAAACAGGUGAUGACUGAUGAUGUGUUUGUAAUAAUGGUGAUAGAUUUUUAUGAACAAUGACUAGCUGGAGGUAUGUAGCAAUACUUAGUUAAAACUUUGGACCUCAGAUACUGUGGCUGUCUAACCUAACCCUUUAAAAAUUCUCUGCAUUGUCAGUAACUGUAGUAUACUUAAUGUACAGUGCUCAGUAUUUUUUUAAAGUUUAUGAAGUUAUAUUUAUCAAAUAAAAUUUUUCCUACAUAACAAAGUGUUUCUGUGUUAUUUAAGUAUUUUAAACUCUACUUAUUGUAACAAGCUCUGCCACAGAUUUACUGCAGUACCCCAGGAAUAUAUUUGUGCCUUUCACUAAUUGCAUUUUUUAAGGUAUAAGUUUUUGGAAUGUCCCAAUUCUAUAAAUCAUCAAUAUAGCUCCUAGAAUAGGUCCCCACAGAAAUGCACCAGCAGCAAAGACCAACGCACUUCAACGAGAAACGGCACCAUCCAUGGAGCAGCAGCCGAGCCACUUUGGAAUUUGAAAAUGCUCUGUAGAGGGUGUGCUGUUCAAAGUUAAGCUGCUAACGCGUGCGUCACACAGUGUAAUUCUCGAGGUGGGUCUGGACGAGGCGGCUCACCGCAGCAUCUUUUGUAUUUGAAGAGUUGAGUGCUUGGACUGUCUUUAGGGUGACUGCUAAGUUCUAAUGCACAAAAAUGGAGCAUGAGAAACCGUGUUCUUACUGAAGAAGAAAUUCAGGGUAGAGAAACCCCAGAACAGAGCUGUUGCGGUUUCACGGUGAAGAGCGCACGGCAGGACCCGGAGGUGGGGCGAGGUUCUCCGCCUCUGGAGAGGCUGUUCCUGGAUGCUGCAGCGCCUCCUGACGGGUCAGGUUUUCAUAGCAGGCACUGUCAGGUAAAGUGGUUUGUAUUCAGCUGGGGCAUGUAGACUGGAAAGGGCACAGAUUUUAGAGUUGCCGUUCAGUCAUUUUUGACAUCUGUAUAAUUUGUAUAACCCGUAAUAAAAUGUUUUUUCAAUUCCAGGAAA